AUUUAGGCGGGCGUUUUUUUCAUUUUCCUUUUGAAAAAAAUUUAAGGCGCCGUUUAUUGCCGCGCGUCACUCACUCGUCCCUCUACCAUAAAUCCCAGUAAGCCCUAGGCACAACACAACUCAUCGUUCUUAUCUUUAAUCCUUCGAUUUCGCUCUCUCGAUUUCGUUCUCUCGAUUUCGUUCUCAGAUCCUCAGGCUUUUCGCAUUCCUCCUGCCGAUUUCGCACAAAAGUUUCGGAAAUGGUGGGAAAGGCAACCAGAGAUCCAAAGGCGAAGGCCGUGAAGCCAAAGAAGAGACCAGUUCCAGAGAGCGUAGAGCCAGAAGAUGAUAGUGUCUCUAGGAGGACGAGGCCCAGGCGUGCUGCAGCGUGUACUAGCUUCAAGGAGAAACCUGCUCGUAUCUCCAAGAAAUCUGCUACCAUCGAAACGAAGACGCAGCAGACUGUGGAGAGCGAGUAUGACGCUAUAGUCUUCACAGCUUCUCCAACGCAGCGCGAUGAGCUUCAUCAUCAGAUCCGGAGGCUAACUGAUUUCACUCUGCUUGAUUCAGAGGACAACUUACAGCCUGUGCAGAUGUUGGAGUUUACGGAAUUGUCCUUCACAGGUGUUAUCUUGCCUUCAGAUGAAUCUUCUGACAAGGAGAAAGCAAAGGGCGUGAGGUGCAAAUUUUGCAUACCUGUUGAGAGCUGGAGUAUAUCUGGAUACGAAGAUGGUUCCCCAGUGAUCUGGUUCUCGACAGGUUUGGCGGAUUACGAAUGCGUCAAGCCCGCUACUAAGUACAAGUGCUACUAUGAUUAUCUCUUCGCGAAGGCGCUUGCCUCGGUGGAGGUUUACAAGAAACUUCCCAAGUCUGAUGUUGGGAACUUCGACAUGGGUGUUUACGAGUUGGCUUCAUCGGUUGCAAGGUCUAUGAGCGGGUGCAAGCUCUUUGUUAGCGAUGUGGACAUCGAGGAUUUCGUUAUACUCCAGGGACAGUUCAUAUACAACCAGCUCGUUGGUUUUGAUGAGGCGAUCUUCGCUGAGAUGCGUGUGCUCGCUGGCCUCAGAGACGAGAGUAGUAAACGUGACGAUACAUUUGAGAUGGAAGGAAGACCUUCUAAUGGUGUUCUGAGGAUUGAUGGAGUUUCUGAAGUUGCAGAGAGCUCGGCCAUGGCGGUUGAUGUUUCAGAUAAAGACAUGAGAUAUGCUAAACUUCUACAAGAUGAGGAGUAUAGAAAAUCUUUGCAAAGGCCUCGGAAAAACGGUAGCUCAGCUUCUGCUUCGAGUAAGGUGUACAUAAAAACCACUGAAGAUGAUAUUGCCAAUGAUUAUCCUUUCCCAGCUUAUUAUAAGAACUCCGAAGUAGAAUCAGAUGAGCUUAUAAUCGCCGACGAGUAUAAACAUCGCAAUGAGAUCCUGCCUCGCAUGAUACUUCACAAUUGGUCUCUUUACAACUCUGAAUCAAGGCUGAUAUCUCUGGAGCUUCUUCCGAUGCAGCCCUGCGCUGAUAUCGAUGUGACUAUCUUUGGAUCUGGUUUGGUGGUGCACGAUAGAGAUGAAGGCUGGGUUUGUAAUGAUCCUGACGCCUCUACGCAGGGCUCCGAAGCACAGGAUUCCGAGGGGAUGGCCAUAUGUCUCAGUCAAAUAAAGGAAUGGAUGAUUGAGUAUGGGUGCUCAACGAUCUCGAUUUCAGUACGAACAGAUGUGGCCUGGUAUCGACUUAUGACACCGUCAAAGCAAUACGCCCCUUGGCAUAAACCUAUUUUGAAAACAGCAAGGGUUGCGAUAAGCAUUAUGGCUAUGCUGGAGGACCAAGUUAGAAAGGCUAGGCUACCAUUUCAAGAUGUCGUCAAAAGAUUAUCUGAGCUCGAGAGGAACCAUGAGUCUUAUAUCUCAUCUGAUCCGAAGGUCGUCGAGAAUUAUUUGAUCGUCCAUGGGCAAAUAAUCUUGCAGAUUUUUGAGAAAAUUCACGACAGGGAGAUAAAAACGUCUUCGUUUAAGGUUGAGCUGGCUGCUAAAAGGGCGAAUAGGCACCAUACAAAAUGGACCAUCAAGACGAAGAGAUCUAAAUCGAAGGUACGUAUUCUGAAUCCAAGGGCGGGCAUGGAGCCUGCGGUAUCCAAGAGGAAAGCUAUGCAAGCAACAACCACUCUCCUGAUCAACAGAAUCUGGGGGGAGUAUUACUCCAAUUAUGCUCCAGAGGAUCCAUUGGAGGAAGAGGUUGAAGAGGAGGUCGAAAAUGAAGAAGAUAACGCAGAGCAAGAGGAGACUGUACCAAAUGCUGUUGAGGUUCAAAAGACUCCUACUCCUCAAAAGAUUAUUCGAGGUCAUUCUGGAAAGAUGGAAACAAGAUGGGAUGGCGAGAUUCUAGGAAGAACUUCUGCUGGUGAGCCUCUCUAUCGGCAAGCCCUCGUUGGUGGGGACAUGGUGGCUGUAGGUGGUGCUGUCGUCUUGGAAGUUGAUGACAUUCCGGCCUUCUACUUUGUUGAGUACAUGUUUGAGAGUUCAGGCCACUGCAAAAUGCUACAUGGAAGACUCCUACAAAGAGGAUCUGAGACUGUUCUAAGGAAUGCUGCUAACGAGAGGGAACUCUUCCUGACCAAUGAAUGCAUGACUGUACAGCUUAAGGACAUCAUAGGAACAGCCAGUUUUGAGAUUCGAUCAAGGCCAUGGGGGCAUCAGUAUAGGAAAGAGAACUCCACUGCAGACUUGCUUGACCGGGCAAGAGCAAAAGAAAGAAAAACGAAAGAUUUGCCCACCGAGUAUUACUGUAAAAGCUUCUAUGCACCUGAGAGAGGUGGUUUCUUCAGUCUUCCUCGAAGUGAUAUGGGCCUUGGUUCUGGAUCCUGCAAUUCAUGUAGGAUGAGAGAGGAUCAAGAGCAGAGGUCAGAACUUAAGCUCAACGCUUCAAAGACGGGCUUUUUCUCCAGCGGGAUUGAGUUUUCCGCUGAUGAUUAUGUCUAUGUCAACCCUGAGUAUAUGAUAGAUGAAUCGACUAAGGGCAGUGAAAAGUUUAAGUCUGGGCGAAACAUUGGGUUAAGAGCCUUUGUUGUUUGCCAAUUGCUGGAAAUCAUUGUCCCGAAAGAAUCUAAAAAGGGUUCCUUUGAGGUCAAAGUGAGAAGGUUUUAUCGGCCUGAGGACAUUUCUGCUGACAAGGCCUAUUCUUCAGACAUCCAAGAGUUGUAUUACAGCCAGGACACAGAUGUUCUCCAUCCAGAGGCUGUAAAGGGAAAAUGUGAAGUAAGGAAGAAAAUUGACAUGCCCUUACGCCGUGAAUACCCAAUAUCAGAGAACAUCUUCUUCUGUGAACAAAUUUAUGACUCGUCCAAUGGUUCUCUCAAGCAGUUGCCCGCCAAUAUCAAGGCGAAGUUCUCUACCACUAAGGACGAAGCAGUUCUGAGAAAGAGAAAGGGGAAAGGAGUAGAGAAUGAGGCUGAUUCUGGGAUUGUCAUGCCUGAUGAGGUACCUAAAGAGAUGCGUCUGGCUACACUUGAUAUCUUCGCUGGUUGUGGUGGUCUGUCUCAGGGACUGGAACAAGCAGGUGUAUCUGAUACAAAGUGGGCGAUCGAGUAUGAAGCGCCAGCUGGGGAUGCGUUUAAACAAAACCAUACCGGGUCAACAGUUUUUGUUGACAACUGCAACGUGAUUCUUAGAGCUAUAAUGGAGAAAGGUGGAGAUGAAAAGGAGUGUAUCUCUACCCAAGAGGCAAACGACCUCGCAGCUAAACUCAAUGAGGAGCAGAAGCGUACUCUGCCAAUGCCUGGUCAAGUGGAUUUCAUCAACGGUGGUCCUCCUUGCCAGGGAUUUUCUGGUAUGAACCGGUACAGCCAAAGCGCUUGGAGUAAAGUCCAGUGUGAGAUGAUACUAGCAUUCUUGUCCUUCGCUGAUUAUUUCCGGCCACGGUAUUUUCUUCUGGAGAACGUGAGGACCUUUGUAUCGUUCAACAAAGGGCAGGCAUUUCAACUUACUCUGGCUUCCCUUCUCGAAAUGGGUUACCAGGUGAGAUUUGGGAUCUUGGAGGCAGGUGCGUACGGAGUUUCCCAAUCUCGCAAAAGAGCUUUUAUUUGGGCAGCUGCACCAGGAGAAGUUCUUCCCGAAUGGCCCGAGCCGAUGCAUGUCUUUAACGUUCCGGAGCUGAAGAUCUCACUAGCCAAAGGCUUACACUACGCUGCUGUUCGCAGCACUCAAAGCGGCGCGCCUUUCCGCCCAAUCACAGUGAGAGACACGAUCGGAGAUCUUCCACCGGUAGAAAACGGAGAAUCCGUGACGAGCAAAGAGUACCGAGUUGAUCCAGUCUCGUGGUUCCAAAAGGAAAUAAGAGGAGAGACGAAGAUGCUCACUGAUCACAUCUGCAAAGAGAUGAACGAACUAAACCUAAUCAGAUGCAAGAAGAUCCCAAAGAGGCCAGGUGCUGAUUGGCGCGAUCUCCCAAACGAGAAGGUGAAGCUAUCAAAUGGGCUGGUGGACGAGAUGAUCCCAUGGUGUCUCCCAAACACAGCCAAGGAUCACAACCAGUGGAAAGGACUGUUUGGGAGAUUAGACUGGCAAGGCAACUUCCCAACUUCCAUCACUGAUCCUCAGCCAAUGGGUAAAGUCGGAAUGUGUUUCCAUCCUGAUCAAGACCGGAUCCUCACCGUCCGUGAAUGCGCCCGAUCUCAGGGGUUCCCGGAUAAGUAUAAGUUCUCAGGGAGCAUAAAACACAAGCACAGGCAGAUUGGGAAUGCAGUGCCUCCACCAUUGGCAUUUGCUCUCGGUCGCAAGCUUAAGGAAGCGUUACAUCAGCAACAACCCUAAUGUUGCUGUCAUCAUGCCAAAAAAAAAUAAUAUGAAACAAAACUUUCAGAUUUUGGCGUUUCGUUUUUUUAUUAUAAGUUAGUAGUAAUUGUGAUUCUCUCCUCUCUUGAAAACUCUAUAUUAUUUAAGUAGAGAGAUUUGUUAGGUUUUAAGUGAAUAGUCAAAGUUUCUUUUUUUUUCUCUAUCGCUUUAAAUGUAAUGACUUGAGACAUGUGAGAAGUUGCAGGUAUGGGUAUAAAAACCUUCUUCAUUGAGUAUUUUGUUCUCUGAAUCUUUACAAUCAUGUUUAUGAGUGUACCGCAAGUCAAGUUCAU